UGGCAGCUAAAGGAGAUCAUGGGGUGUUAAAUCCAUGUGCGCAAAUGGACAGACCUGACACUUGCCCAACUAUGGAAAAUAUGCUUCCUAAAGCAGUGAAGAGGAGAGUUCACGCCUUGAAACGGCUACAGGUGCAGUAUGCCAAUAUUGAGGCUCAGUUUUAUGAAGAGGUCCAUGAGCUCGAGAGGAAAUAUGCUGCCCUCUAUCAGCCGUUGUUUGACCAGAGACAAGAGAUUGUUGCUGGAACAGUGGAACCCACCGAUGAGGAGUGUGAGUGGAACAGUGACAGAGAGGAAGAAGACGAGCUAGCUGAAGAAAUAAAGGAAAAAGCAGCUAUUGAAGAUGUGAAGAAGGAAGAAGCUGUGCCAAUGGAAGAACCAAAAGGCAUCCCUGAGUUCUGGCUCACCAUUUUCAAAAGAGUGGACAUGCUGAGUGAUUUGCUGCAGGAGCAUGAUGAACCCAUACUUAAGCACUUGAAAGAUAUUCAAGUCAAGUUUUCUGAACCUGGUCAGCCAAUGAGUUUCACAUUGGAGUUCCACUUUGAGCCCAAUGGUUACUUCAACAAUGCAAUCCUCACAAAAGUCUACAAGAUGAAAUCAGAGCCAGAUGCAUCAGAACCAUUUUCAUUUGAAGGGCCAGAGAUCAUUGACUGUGAAGGCUGCAAGAUAGAUUGGCACAAGGGGAAGGAUGUUACAGUCAAAACUAUUAAGAAGAAGCAGAAGCAUAAAGGGCGCGGCACCGUCCGCACUGUUACAAAACAGGUCCCCAAUGACUCAUUCUUCAAUUUCUUUAGCCCUGUCAAAGUUUUGCCAGAUGCAGAAAUGGAUGAAGACUCGGAGUACACGAUAGCCACAGACUUUGAGAUUGGCCAUUUCUUUCGUGAGAGAAUAAUUCCCAGAGCAGUACUUUACUUCACUGGAGAAGCACUGGAAGAUGAUGAGAGCUUUGAUGACGACGAUUUGGAAGAGGAAGAUGAAGAGGAACUAGAUGAAGAUAGUGAGGACAAUGAUGAUGAGGGAGACUCUCACCCCAAGGCAUAAUCAAUCAUUCUCGCUAAACUCAUUUCUAGAAACAAGAGAUCCAGCCUGCCGAAUGCAAGCAGCAGUAACCGUGGUGAUGAGGGGAAUUGGUGGAAACUUGUUUGUCAAAUCCUUAGCCAAUCAGCAAGUAUCCAAAUUCACAUUGGCUCUGCUUCCCCCCGCGCAUAUAUAUAUAUAUAUAUAUAUAUAUAUAUAUAUAUAUAUAUAUAUAUAUAUAUAUAUAUAUAUAUAUAUAUA